AACUCGAAUUAUGAGCAACCACCACGAUUCAAAUCCAGCUCCAUUGACCAAAACACCUUCCAUGUUAAGGGAUUGAAUAAUGAUGAACAUUAAAGAGGAGUUUUCAAUGCCAUCGCACACGUAUGCAUAUGCUACAUACUCUAUUGACAAACUUGAAAUCAAUUGAAGUGGCCGUGUGGCAACUCCAUACUUAAGUUAAGUAUGUCUUGUCCUACUUUUUUCUUAAUAUUUGGCACUUAAAAAAGUGGGUAUUCGUAUUGAUUCCCUAUCACCAAAGAAAAGAAAAAAAAAGUGAUUAUAGUGCAUUUAGCAAUACAUUGAUUAUCCUUUUAUUAUUUUACUUAAUAAUACCACACAAAAUAUUCGUUUGGUAUUGAUAUUGGGAAAAGCUUGACUAAUGAUCAAUCGCUUCCUAAUCAAACCCUUAUGAGUUGGAUCAUUUGUCCUAAACUGUAUGGUUUACGUCUUACUAAUCAUGGGAAAAUGAAAGCACCGAUGAUUUGUCGUCUAGCUAUCUCUGAUCAAUUCGUUUUUUUUUUUAUACCUUUUGGCUGUCUGACCCUGAUAAGCCAUUACAUCCGCCCGCCUGUCCUGGUUUAGCUCGACUAGUCAACAGUGCCAAAAUUCCAAAUGAUACUUUAUUUCACAUUUUCACUCCAAUACUACGGAGGAGAAUCAACGGUUACCAUUAUGAUAAUUUGAGUUUAUGGUUAAAAAAUACAUUUUACAUCGUCUUUCUUUCACCAUCCGUAGUUGUCAAAUGAAGAUCGAUCAAAAUGCGAGAGUUAUUGUAGAUUAACGAUUCUCAUGUCAUAUUGCGUAGUAGAUGAGUCCUAUAUUUUGAGUUAUUGAAAGAUAACAGUAAUGAGUCUUUAUAUCAUUCUCUUGCACUGGGUAAGAGGUAUGAAUAUAAUAGUUUUACAACCCUAGCUAGUUUUGCUAAUUUGACCUCAAAUAGCUAUCUGCUGGUGAUCUUAAUUAUCAACGUCACUCUCGUUUAUUACCUAGCUUGAUCCGUGCGCACACCAAUUUGAGCGGAUGAAUGUCGCCGGGUCUUCUACUUCACUACAUGUGGAUUAUUGUUCGUUAACAUUAAUGAUGGUUUUUUUAUAAAAUUCAAUAAAAUCGCGUUGCUUGGAAGCGAUUAACGUGUUGAACUGACUCAAUUGAUAACCCAAUUCGAUAUCCAUUCUUUAGUCGACCAUCAGUUUCAGCUAUCUAUUUAAUCAUUAGGAUUUAGGAGAAGGGAAAAAAAAAACCUUUGACAAAUUUUUUUUGUCAUAUAUAUAAUCCAAAUACCCAAGCACUAAGAUAAUUCGAUGCGCGAUGGAGAUUAUAUAUCCCAACAACUUCAAAUAUUUGAAUGAGGACAAGUUGAACUAAUAAAUCAAAUAUUUUUCUUGCCACCGAAUUAAUUAAUAUUGAAUAUAUUGCUUCUGCCCCAAGGUUUCUUCAUGAAAACGAUGGGACGUGAUGAUUUAAUCAAUUAGCCACAGCCCACAGCAUAUGUAAGUGUAACACUAAAUAAAAAUUCUGUACCCCAACACACACACACAAAAAAGCCAAAUCAGUUGACCAACUUGUAACUCAAUAACGUAGAAAAUUAUUUCUAGCAUAUCAUCCAUCUAGAUGGGAUCACUUGAUUUCAUCCCUAAAUACUAUACUGUUAAAAUUAUUCGGCAAAAAGAAAAACUACAUGAAGAUUCUCGUAUUAUACAUUAGGGUGAAAUUAAAAACUGACUUUGAUUACCAAAUUUUAUCAAAAUGAUCCCGGCCAGGCAUUGAAGUUGAUGCCCGUGCACAGACAAUUGGAAUCGACUCGAAACAGAUUCAUUUGAAAUUUUUCAAGCCAAAUUGAUCCAUUCGAAUUUUCUAUCGACAAACAAACGAGUAAAAUUGAUAAAAUCGUCUCAAAACAAAACAAUUAAGUCAAAUUAAUUCGGUAGGAAUAUGAUUUCCAAUCCAAACCACCCCACAUAUCUCCAUAAUUGAGUGUUGAUAAACCGCGGCGUUCCAUACUCUAGUUGUCGCGAUACUGAAUCACCGUAGUGAACAAUGUAAUGAGUUUAUUUAGGGUGCGCUUAUGGUGACAUGCAUGUCACCGUAACUUGCAUCUUUAGGUCAACCUCAAUUAGGAUUAGGUCGACCGAAUAUGUUGUUUCAGUGUAAAAACAGUUUCAUGGUGCCUACUUUGGAGAUUCAUAUCGUACAGUUGGCUCGAUGAAAAUUGGAGAUUAAUGACUUGGUUUGAAGCUGGAGUGUCCCUCUACACAUUGAAGUGCUUGGGAGCUCGAUAGGAAGUCCAGAGGACCAUUUUUUUAACCUGAUCAAAAGGCUAUGCCAAAACUAAGAAACUGUCUGAAAAUGGCCAAGUUUGGGGGAAAGUGUUUGUGAAGUCUACUUUGGAGCUCAAUUCGAGAAGCGUGGAUGAGAUUCGCGUCCAGGGGACUCUACCACAUGAAAGUAGGUAUGUUUGUCUACAAAGUCAAGGCAUUGGAUGAAAUAUUGGAUAUCUGUAAGGCUUCAAACAAAAGGUUUGAAGUUGCUAUGAAGUAAGCUGCCUUCUAGCAACAGAGUGAAACGACAGAUUAGGUCGACCUAAAAGUGCAAGUUACGAUAACAUGCAUGUCACCGUAGCAAAGUUCGUUUAUUUAAUAUGGUCAUUACAAUCAUAUCAGUAAUAAUCGACCACCUAGUCAUGUGCAGUGGGGGAACUAGGUUGAACUCAUGAGGAGUUAUAGUAUACAACACCUCCUUAAAUGUAAAAUAUAGAUAAAAUUACAUGUAAAUUUCGUAAUUUAUAAAAUAAACUAAUCCGUAAGCAUUUAGCCCCCUCAUUCAAAUAAUACGGUUCAAAUCAACCACCUCAUUUAGAUUUUUUUUCCCCCGCUAAUCUGUGAAUUAUAUAUUGUUGGUGGGGUAAAUAAAUGGGGUGCUGCAGCUGUUUGGCUGCAUCUAUGAGAAUAGGGUUUUGGCGCAAUGUGUGGAGUUGCAUGGGGUACGUGUCGCCACAGAAAAGGAAUGACAGUCUGCAGCCAUAGUGUGUAUGCAUAUAUCUAGUCCUUCCACCUUGCAACCUUUACCCUCCUGCAUUCAGUCACCAGGUAAAUAAUAAUAUUUACACAUCCCACCACUCAGAUUUAUUUAACCCACAUCACCAAUAUCACGCCAAAGCUAUGCCCAUCGCCACCGCGACAGCUGGCACCGUCCCCGGCUGGCCGGCUCCGCCGCACCCCCCCUCCACCCUUUGGAUUCUAUCAUUUAUUUUAAAUACGAAGGAAAAAUGUCCCAUUAAGAAAAAUAAAGGAAGGAAAAGUGGGUCUGAACUAGAGGUGACAAUUGGAUCGGAUUGGUGGAUCUAUGGGCCAAAUGGAUUGGUGGAUUCAUGGAUUGGAUCAAAUGAAUUGGUGGAUUGAUCCAUUAAUUCAAAUGACAUCCAAGGUUCGGACCAAAAUGUAAAAUUUGGAAAGUUUUGGUACUAAAAUGUCACAAUGAAACAUUUUAGGUACCAAAAUGUAAAUUUCCAAUGAUAUUUUUCGUAUAAAAAUAUAAAUUUUAGGUACCAAAAUGUAAAAUAUAAAAAAUAAAGGUACCAAAUCGUAAUUUGCCAUCCAAUCCAUCCACCAAUCCAAUUGGAUUUGGAUCAAAUGGAUUGGAUUAGGUGGAUAAUUUGGUGGAUGGAUUGGAUUGGAUUCAUGGAUUUGGGUCCUAAUUGCCACCUCUAGUCAGAACUAAAUUGUAUUGGUCGGAAUCAAAUCAAAUGAACCAUGUAUGCUUCUGAUCCGAUUACGGUACGUCAUUUUUCUUUUCUUUUUUAUCCGGUUCUCAUCUCGAUUCGAUUCAUAUUCUAUACCGAAACAACUGAUGUUCACUCGUAGCAACAAUGAUACGCAUUUACACAUGAUAGAGUCAUAGAGAGACUUCAAACUACGGUUGUUUAUGCUUGAACUUGAGGCCAAUAUGAUUGAGUACUAGUGUACUACCAUGCUUGGUUAAUGAAUCAAUUAUGCUUUUUUAUUGGAUGACUUUGGUAAAAAAAUUUUGGUAAAACGGCGUCGUUACAUGGGGUAAAUGACAAAAACCGAGCAACCGUGGUCCAAGAAACCCCAACAUAGUUGAUCGGAAAACGAUAAGCUCAAUCAGAACUGCCAGAGUGGGGCCCAACCCCACCUCGGAACAACUCAGCUUCUUUUGGGCCCCAUCUUUAGAUUGGCCCUUUUCGAUAAUCAAGACAGGAGAUGUUGGGCCACGUGUCCCAAAUACUCAAGGCCCACAUUGACAGGAACACUUUUCCUUUUCUUCCUCUUUUUUUUUCAAUUUAAUUUUUAUUCUUCUCCUCUUUUAUCGUUUUGCGCGGGCCGGGCCGGGCCCAAAUAUAAUGUCUGAUAUGAACGUGACAUGACACCACUUACAAAAACGGCAGAGAGGACUUCACUCUCUCUCAGUGUAAACGGUAAAUUGCGUGCCAACAUGAAUUAUAAGACUUCACGGCUUUCACUAAUUAUGGUUAAUUAAUGUAAUAAUAAUUACAGCUCCAGAUCGAUCCUUAUCCCUCUGGUUUCCUUUUUAACUUUCAUAUUGUCGAAUGUAGAAGAGUAAAACAGAGGAAGACUUGUAGGGUUAGGGCUUUCGUUUCCCUUCCACACUCUUGAUUUUGGUUGUUUGAUGGCAACAUUGCUUUGCUUCAUUGCUUGCACGAUUAGCAUCUAUCCAUAUACUUAACCUUGGAGAAAACGUAAAGAAAGGAAAUCGUUGGUCUUUGGGUUCGUUAAUUAAGGUUUGAAACAUGCAAUGUGUCAAAAAGCAGGAGUGGACCGUCGCCGUGCGGUGAAACCACAUCAUAAUGCAUUUACAGUUUACUGAAUUGUGCACAUAAAAAAAAAGUAAAUGGCGUGACGUGUGUUUGGAAAUAAACUAGCAAGUCGCAUCGCUUGUUAUUGUAGUGCGAUUCGGUCGGUGUGAAAUGAUAGAACCGACUACCUAGCUACCCCUUUAUCACUAUUUUCAGCUCGUUUUCAUAUAAUUUUUUGGUGUGAUUGUUCGGUUCAAACUAUCCAUAUAUCGCUAACACUUGUGAUUUGGGUGCAAAUGUAUCAAUCAACUUUGCAAUUUAUCGUGCGGGGGCUAUGUGAGUCAUGAUAGCACAGUUUCUCAGCGAGCACAUUGCCAACUAAAUCUCAAAACAGUAAGAAUCGAUCGAUCAUCAUUCCUAAGUACUGCAACAUAUGCCUUGUCAAAAAAAAAUCCUUACAUUGACUUCGUCCGUAUGUUUUCUGUCCGGGCUCUGUUUUUAUUUUUUUUCCCGUUAAGUGUUUAGGAUAAUUUCCCCGUGUAAAUCGCUUCUUUAGCACCCUGAUCGUUUAUGCGACUAAAAUUAGUUGUGAACUCACAAUUUCGUCCUAAUUUCUACCGAACAAUGAAUACAUUCUCCUCUCUACAGUCUUAUUAUGUAGUCCGUACCACUAUAACCACGUAAAUUAUGUGUGUCGUCACCGAUCUCACCCACUUUCGUUGUGACACAUGCCAACUGCUACAUGUUACAAGUGAUCAUGAGUCUUGUAUUUGACUGUAAGUGGUCCGAUCGAUCCGGUUUAACUCAGGUGUUUCAUGAACGAAGAUGAAUGGUCAAAUAGAUAGAUAGGAAUAGCUGCAGAGUAGUUGGACGAUGAUGACUUUGUACAACUAUAUAUGAUGGAGAUGGAUCGAUCGACGGUCCUGGAAUCUAUAUAUGUUUAGACUUUAGACCGUGGUAGCUAGCUAGCUAGGAGCUGGAGAGAAAGUUGAAAGAAAAGCAAAACGAAAUCAGGCUUUUCAAUCGUUGGCUAGCUAUCACUUCAUCGAUGAUCACUGGCUUCCAGCCCACCAAAAAAAACACACACACUAAAUACUCAAUAACUCAAGAUCGAUCUUCAACCUCGAGGGAGGCACGUCAUACGACGGUAGAUCCAAAACACAGUAGAAAAUUGGGUCGCAUUUGAAUAGAAAAUUGGAUAAUGCGGCUAGAAGAAGCGGAGAAGGGUGGACGCAAUAGCAUAGCUUCAUUUUGCUAUAUCAGUUUUGGACCCAUAGAGGAGGGUUGGAUCGUGAUCGAGGAAGGCCUCCCCCUAGAUCCGCCACUGAUGUUGGCCAUAUCAACUCAAAGUAGAUCGACGAUAAAUUAGGAAUCUGCAUAGAUGGCACAUUCAAUAUACGAAACCACUUAACGGAUUAGGCUAUGGUGUCGGGUUAAUUAGAUGUUAGUCCGUUCGAUUAUAAUUUUGUCUCACCGUUUCAAAUCGUAAGUAGACCGAUAAUGAACUCGAAGUUUUCAUAAACCACACACAUAGAUUACGAAACCUCUUAACGAAUGAGGCAAUGGUACAGUGUCAAUUGAUAUGGUUCAUUAAGUCAUAACUUGAGUAGUUUGGGAAAAAGGGAAAACAAGAAGAGUAUACCAUUUCCUUAUUACAUUAGUUCGUCGUUAUCAGUAGAAUAUCUUCUUGCAAUUAGAAUGAUUGAAAUAUCACGAACCAAUUGUUGACACUUUUAUUAGAGUCUUUGCUUAUUAUUCGUCCAUUCUAGAUGUUGUAUUAUGAGAAUGUAUAUAUUCCGUCAAACAAUGAAUUAUCGAAAAUUAC